GAGCACUAAGCCCCGCCUCGCUGUGUAUUCUGGUUCGGUGGUUCCGGAGUCCAGGUCCAGUCGGGGACGCGUGCUCCCGGCGCCGAGUGCCAGCUCCUCCACUGCCUCUGAGCCUGUCGGGGGCCGCGCACCCGGCUCCAGAUCGCUCAGCGCGUCCGGCUCCCGAGAGAGGCGGGGGCGCGCGGCGGGGAGGCGUGGCUGGCCCGGGGUGGACCUCGGGCCGGGACUGCUCAGCCGCCUCCUGCCUGGCGGGCGGCGCGGACGCCGACCCAGACCAUGUCGCCAGAGGAGUGGACAUAUCUAGUGGUUCUGCUUAUCUCCAUCCCCAUCGGCUUCCUCUUUAAGAAAGCUGGACCUGGGCUGAAGAGAUGGGGGGCGGCCGCCGUGGGCCUGGGGCUCACCUUGUUCACCUGUGGCCCCCACACUUUGCACUCUCUGAUCACCAUCCUUGGGACCUGGGCCCUCAUUCAGGCCCAGCCCUGCUCCUGCCACGCCCUGGCCCUGGCCUGGACCUUCUCCUACCUCCUGUUCUUCCGCGCGCUCAGCCUGCUGGGCCUGCCCACUCCCACGCCCUUCACCAACGCCGUGCAGCUGCUGCUGACACUGAAGCUGGUGAGUCUGGCCAGUGAGGUACAGGACCUGCACCUGGCCCAGAGGAAGGAAAUGGCUGCGGGCUUCAGCCAGGGGCCCAGCCUGGGGCUGCUGCCCUACAUCCCCUCUCUGAUGGAGACACUCAGCUACAGCUACUGCUACGUGGGAAUCCUGACCGGCCCGUUCUUCCGCUACCGCACGUACCUGGACUGGCUGGAGCAGCCGUUCCCGGGCGCCGUGCCCAGCCUGCGGCCCCUGCUGCGCCGCGCCUGGCCGGCCCCGCUCUUCGGGCUGCUCUUCCUGCUGUCCUCGCACCUCUUCCCGCUGGAGGCCGUGCGCGAGGACGCCUUCUACGCGCGCCCGCUGCCCGCCCGCCUCUUCUACAUGGUCCCGGUCUUCUUCGCCUUCCGCAUGCGCUUCUACGUGGCCUGGAUCGCCGCGGAGUGCGGCUGCAUUGCCGCCGGCUUCGGGGCCUACCCCGUGGCCGCCAAAGCCCGGGCUGGGGGCGGCCCCACCCUCCCAUGCGCACCCCCCAGCAGUCUGGAGGAGGCGUCUGCCCUGGAGUACGACUACGAGACCAUCCGCAACAUCGACUGCUACGGCACAGACUUCUGCACGCGGGUGCGGGAGGGCAUGCGGUACUGGAACAUGACGGUGCAGUGGUGGCUGGCGCAGUACAUCUACAAGACUGCGCCCACUCGCUCCUACGUCCUCAGGAGCGCCUGGACCAUGCUGCUGAGCGCCUACUGGCACGGCCUGCACCCUGGCUACUACCUGAGCUUCCUGACCAUCCCGCUGUGCCUGGCGGCCGAGGUCCGGCUGGAGGCGGCGCUGCGGUGGCGGCUGGGCCCGGGCGGCCAGCAGGCCUGGGACUGGGCGCACUGGUUCCUGAAGAUGCGCGCCUACGACUACAUGUGCAUGGGCUUCGUGCUGCUCUCCCUGGGCGACACCCUCCGCUACUGGGCCUCCGUCUACUUCUGCAUCCACGUCCUGGCGCUGGCGGCGCUGGGCGUCGGGCUGGCCGUGGGGGCGGGCGGCCCCGGCCGGCGGAAGGCGGCGCCCCAGGCCGCCGGCCUCGCCCCCGAGAAGCUGCGGGAGGAGUGAGCUGCCCCCGCGCCUCCGCCCGGCCAGGCCGCCAAGCUUCUGCCCGGGAUGCCGUGACCCCGGCAGCCGGCUCCUUCCCGGGAAGCCCUGGAUUCGGGGCCGGGGCCUGGAGAGGAUCCCGCUCCGCGCAGCACCCGCACAGCCCAGCUCCCCGGGCCCCAAGGCGCUGCCCAGACAGGACGCCCCGCCCCGCAGCACCUCCCGGUUUCCGGGCUCCCGGACAGCAGGGCCCGCGGCCAGGCCCUCGGGGUGCGGGCACCGCUUCCCCGUGGCUUCCGUUCCACUUCUGUGUCCUCACACCCGCGUCUCGGGCCGGGAGGGAACAUCGCCUCCGGUUUCCCAAAGGGGAAACUGAGGCCGCGCCCGCGCGCAUGUGCGGUUCUCUCCCAAUAAAGCGUUGUGCACGGAC